CCGGCCGCAAACGAUUACCUCGGCGAUUACCUACCAUAAUUAGGCUAGCUCGCAUUUUUACCCACUAGUUUUGUGUUAUCAUUAUCAAGAGGACAGAGGUACAAAAUAAUGGAAGCUGUUGUGACACUCGUCCUCAAGUACUGCGGUAAGGAGCUGGAGGAGUAUGGUAAUUGUGUGGCCCAAUACCCAGAGAACUGGCAGAACAAAUGCAAAGACCUUGGUGAAGCCGCUUCCGCCUGCUCCAGUAAUCAUCCUGCUGUCCAGAAGAUUCAGCAUGACUGUGCCAGGGAAUACCAGGUCUACGACCAAUGUCUCAAGGAGAACCCUCAGGAUGUCACCAAGUGUGUGAAGCCACUCCACCAAUUCAUGGACUGUGCAGAGAAGACAGCCUCUAGGAUACAGAAUGCCUAUGUAGAAAAGUCGUGAUGAUAGCUGUAUUCCAGCCGAUGGGGAAACCUGAAUUGUGUCACCUUGGUAUUAAUUCCACUCAAGGAUUUCGAUGAAUCAGAACAAUCCUCUUGUGAAUAAAAGAAACUCCCAAUCAAGUCAUCGAUGUAGUUCCACCUGACAAUGUCCAUUAUCUCAUGUGAAACUAUUUGGGUGAUUAUACACCCCACUCUUCAUAAUGUGCACGCAAGUUUAAUAUCAUCUUUGAUAUAGGCUGCAGAGCACUUUGAAGAUAAUAGCUAGAAGAAGCAGAAGAAUCACAAUCUCAUAUUUCCAGCUGAUAGAGUAUUUGUCGGUGGUGCCAAGAGAGAAAUCCAGAGGGUGAAUUACCACUGGGACAGUGGGAGUAAAAUAUGUCAGAGGUGAAGGUUCAGUGGCAUCCUCAUUGCUCAUAAUUAUCAGGAUUCAAAUUUUGAUUAAAUUCAAUACCGAAUAUAUGAAGUCUCAUACAGCCAAAUUAUGACAUAUCUGUCUAGGAAUUUGACUUAUGAGAGAAUAAUCUAAAAAAAUAUAGACUUUGGCGAAUAUUAACCGAGUAUAUGGAAGGUCAACCUGUUAUAAAGUUUACCUGUACAUAUACAUGCCCCAUUUUCAUGCAAGUUCUACAUGAACUUCAAUUUUCUCAUACCCUGUAAUUGCUUGCUGGUGCCGGAGAAUAUUUUGUGUAAUUGCAACAAAAAUCUUGUGCUGGCCAAACAGGUAUUUACGUACUGGAAUGAAGUGGUGAAAAUCCACCUCUUUUUUCUCAUAUUGAGAACUUCUCAUUUAAAGUUCUAAAAUUUUCUUCCAGUUUUUUUUAUUUUUUAUUACUUCGUGGUGGUACUUUCAAUUACAAAACAACUGGGGCCCCACUACACAAAGACUAUCAUUUUUAUGAUAAGUAUCAUGAAAAACUUGAAUUUGGUUGGCUACUGAGCCCUGGGGGCAGUUUCAUGAAGCUGUUUUUAAGUUAAGAGUGACUUUAAGAAUGACUGGUGAUCCUUUCUUGCGUGCUAAACCAUCGCCAAUGAACAUAUUGGUGUGUACGCAUAUAUACCAUGUACCACAAGAAAGGAUCACCAGUCGUUCUUAAAGUUGCUCUUCACUUACGACCAGCUUUAUGAAACACCCACCUGUUACCAUGGUAGUUAUCAACUGAAAAUAAGUAUUGAAUUAGAUCACAUGUUGAUUAGGUUGCCUUUUAGGGGGA